UCCCUCCUGCGCUUGCAGAUCACCGUAUUGGUCGCUGGAAUGGAGCAACCGCGCUCAAGUGAGCGGUUAGCGCAUAAUCAUGCGUUUGGCCGGUCCGUGAGUGGGAUGCUGUACAAGUCCUCUGCUUAAAAGUGGACAUGUGUAGCGCGUCGUGUUAAGUAGGGAAUACAAAAAUAAAAAGCCCAUCACUGGGAUAUUACCUGAUUUGUGAACCACUGCUGCGCUUUGCAUCUGCAGUCUUGGAGGGUACCCCCCUCCCGCUGUAAUAUUUAUGACAAAACAGAGGCAAAUUAUUCUGGUCACGUUUUUGCCUGACAGCCGGAUGUCCUAGAGACUCCUGGAGUGACUCGGGGUCCAGUGUUAGAAAUUGCGCAGCGCACCGACACCUGCAGUACGAUGUAAAGGGAUUUCCCCACUCACCAAACUGAAUCAAGGAACAGAUCUGGCCAUCAUCCUCAUCACUGUCUCGUUUGAGCCAGAAGAAAGACAGAGGAUGGUCUGGCGUGUUUGCCGCUGUUGCUAUGUGUGAAGGAGUGCUGUUGCGUCAAUGGAGACCGAAGGCUAUCGUGACCUCCUGGAGACCAGCGAUGGUCAGGGGGUAGGCCUAUUGGAUGUAGGGGGCGAGGUGGGGGUGGAGGAGGGCUGGAGCACACCCUACCCCCUGGGCUUCCAGGUAUCUUUGACCACUGUACUGAUGUUGGAGCUGGUUUUGGGCUUCAGCAGCAACCUGACCGUACUUGUGCUCUACUGUGCUCAGUCCAACCUCGUGGAUUCAGUCAGCAACCUGGUCACAGUCAACCUCCAUGUGCUGGACAUACUGGUCUGUCUACUGUGUCUGCCACUAACUGUGGCUGUGAUCCUGCUGCCAGCUAAUGAAAGUGGAGUUGGCAGCCUGGCCACGCUGUGCUGCUUUCAUGAAGCCUGUGUCACAUUCACCAGUGUGGCCACAGCAGUCAAUGUUCUGGUGAUCAGUUUGGACCGAUAUGACAUCUCAGUGCGUCCGGCCAGUCGUCUACUGACCCCAAGGCGUGCAGCACUGCUCCUGGCCGCAGUGUGGGCUGUGUCUUUGGCUGUCUUUUUCCUGCCCUUCCUUGAGGGGGAUUUCUUCUCUUCAAGGGUUGAGGACAGUGAGGAUGAGGAGCUUGAAGUGCAAAACAAUGUCUCUGAGCUCACCACUGGACGGACCCCUAUUUUUUCCUCCAUCUCUCCUUCCCCUUUACCCUCAACUCCUCCUUCCUCGCCUUCCCACCACCUGACUCCAGUAUGGCAGAACAGGACACUGUUGUGCGUUGGGGGGCAGGGGUAUUACACAGGCCUGGCUAUGUAUUACCACUUGUUACUCCAAGUGCCAUGCUUCUUCAUCGCUGUGGCCGUUAUGUUGUUCACCUACUCCAGGAUCCUGCAGGCCCUCAACAUUCGCAUAGGCUCCCACAUGAUGAGGGGUAAACGUGCAAAGGACUCCACUUGCAGGAUACGCUGCAGGAGGAAGAGGACAAAGGACCUGAGCCUGCCCACAGAAGUAGCGUCCUCCAACCAGAACCAGAACCAGAACCUCAAUCAUCCUCCUCUCAUCCCCUCCCCCUCCCCUACACCAACUUCGCCCCCACCACUCCCCUCCAUGUCCCAAGUGAUGUCUGACAGUGGAGCAACAGUCACUACUGUCAGCACUGCUGCCACCACCCCCAUAGCCACCACGCCAGCCACCCCUGCUUCUCCAACCCCAGCUUCGGCCGCAACCCAGACCCACGCCACCUCACCACUGCCUGCCUCUACCAUGGGUGUACAGGCCUCGGUUUCUGCCAUCAUUGCCUUGAGGCGGGCAGUGCGCAGGCACAGGGACCGCCGAGAACGUCAACGUCGGGUCCUAAAGAUGUCCCUACUCAUCAUAUCCACCUUCCUGGGCUGCUGGGCCCCUCUGUCUGCGGUCAAUGUUUUGAUCCUGUGUAUGGGUCCCAGUGACGGCCUGGUGCGGCUGCGACUCUGCUUCUUGGCAAUGGCUUAUGGAACCACUAUUUUUCAUCCUCUGCUCUACGCUUUCACCAGGCAGAAGCUGCGCCGUGCUCUCAAAACACGUGUCAAAAAAAGGGUAGUUACCCUUCUGCAGGUGGACCCGGCUCCCAGUGGGGGGACAGUUAUUCAUAACUCCUGGGUGGAAGGAGGCCAGAGGAAAAGUCGCAAGCCACGGGUGGAGGCCAGUGAUGGCACUGAUCGAUGCCUCACAGAGGCAGUGAGGGAAUGAGGCUGGUCUGGUGUGUUUGCAUUUGUGAGUGUAUGGUUGUGAAUUUGAAGAAUUGUAUGUAUCUUACCAACUUGCUAGAGGUGGAUCAUGUGUAUAUUUGUGCACAGGUGUGAGAAUACCAGUAAGUCUACAAAGGUCAGGACAAAUCCUAUGACCACUGGAUUGAUGCAAAUGUGGAGGCAGGUGACUCCUGAGCUCUAAUUAGAGCCUGCUUCCUGCUCUCCUUACACAGGCCCUCAUUAGUCCAGUUUAUGACUGACAAGGUGGCCGCUGAGUCUCCAUGACAACACUGGCCAAGCAUUAUGACAACAUCCCAUGGAUACUGGAAAUACUGUGCAUCCCACUUGUAGGAUAAGGGUUAGACAACAUAGAAAAUCCAUACAUUACUGUUCCUGUGUGCAGUUUCAACUUGCAUGUGCAUGUACAUAUGCACACACACACACCACACCACACACACACACACACACACACACACACACACACACACAUCUAUAUUUAGUCAUUAUCUGUGAAAGCACACCAAUAUCUACCUGCACAGAUAUUCUCAGUGAGUAAAAAUAUUUAUUAAUAAUUUAUCUUUCUUUCUCUCAUUUGUUCAUGCCUUAAUUGAGUUAUUAAUGUAUUCUCGUGGUGCUGAAUGUCCUGCUGUAUGUUUACAAACAAUGUAUCAGAGUAAAAGUGUUUGCACAUACUGUAUAUGGCAUAGCAAAUUACUGUAAUGGCAAAUAAAUACAAGCAUUCAGAUUUAAAGUUUACAGGCUCAUGUGAAACUAUCAGAAAACUGCAAAAAACUGAUUCUAAUAUUUUCAAAUUAAGCUAAAAGGCAUGACUUUAUUUUUUUUAAUAAAUUUUAAGAGUAUUAGUCAUGAUGACCUAUGCGAGGAUGUGUGAUUGUGUUUGUAUGUGUGCAUGUGUGCAUGUAUGCAUAUGUGUUUGCGUGUGCGGUUGUGCAAAUGAACGACAAGCGUGUAUGUGAUUAUGUGCAAUAAAUUAUGAGAAAAGCAAUGACCCCUAGGAUGUCAACAAAGAGAAUGUGAACAAAGAAUUGAUGGUUUUCUAUUUAUGGUUUACAUUAUUGGGAAAACAGAGAAGAAAGGGGAUUCAAUAUUCUAAAUAACAGCAAGAGGCCACUGGGCAUAAUUUAAAAGCAGAGUACUUGGAGCAAUUGUAACCACACAGGCCACUGUAAUACUACUGAAAUUGUAUCACUUCAGUUUUAAAGUGGAAGUCAAAGGGCAACAUUUUGUGGAAACUUAAGUAAAACUGUCUGUAGUCACUGCAGGUAAACUAGCAUCUUCUACCUGAGAAAUCCCAACAUGUGGCAAAAAAACUUCUGACAUGGGACAUCUGUUCAUGUUAGCUGUUUGUUGCUCUGGAGGGCAGUGUCACUGCUUUUGGACAGCACUUUGAAUGACUGCAGAGGCAGAAAGGCCUCUGUCAGCUUUUGGACUGAGUCCUGGACAUGUAAGACAAUAUCUGCGUCGCUCUUUCUCCUCAGGGCUUCAUGUCUCAUUUCCCUACAUGCUGGAUAUAAAACAAUAAACCAGCCCUAAAUCAACUGUUGUAUUAUGGGUGUUACAGUAGGUAAAUUGUAUGUUAAUAAGUAGAUAGAGUACACUUUAAACUUUAUAUGGGCUCUUGGAGAGCGUCUUUGGGAUUUGGACUAUCUCCUUCAUCCUCACCCCUUUUACACUAUUUGUGAGCCAGACAGAAGACAAUUACUUGUGUAUUCUUGUACAUUUUUCAGGGAUGUAAAUAUUGAAGUGUCUGUUUUGGGUUUUAGUCAAAUUUGUUUUUCUUUGGAUCACAAUCAUCUGCCGGACAGAAAAUCAGCCAUUGUGACUCUGAGUGAGUUGGAAAGUAACUGUAAAGAGAAGAAACUAUGAGUGUAUUUGUGUUAAUACUGUAUGUGUGUACACUGUACUGUACAUUUAUGACCAUGUGUAUAGAUAAAUACAUAGUAUUGUAUUAUUGAUUUAUAAUAUGUGUUAUUGUAUAGAACAGAGCAGAAUCUGUAUUAAAAAGAUGAUCUAUCUAAGAAUUGA